AGAGAGAGAGAGAGAGGGAAUACUGGGUCUUGGAGCAAUGGCUUGGUGUCGUCCUGAGCGGGACUGAAAGUGGGGUUUUUUUUUCCUGAACUGCUUUGGACGUCGGUUCUGUUCUUGUUGGUGGUGGGGGAUUUGAUUGAAACCUCUGAAACUUCCAUUGUUGCUCUCUCUGUCUCACCAGGAACUGUGAAGUGGAGUGCUUUUUUGUUUGUGGAACCCAGGACAAAGACGAGAGAGAACCGAGAGAUUUUUUUUUUUUUUAAUAUAUAUAUUUGCUUAACCCACGACAUUAUUUCAUUUAAAAAGGCAAAAUUAAAUCUCAAUCGUCCAUAUAACUGCAGCAGAUUGCUGUGAAUUUUUUGUUUUCACUGCAUGGAUGCCGGAUUCUUCAGCUUCUUCCAAGUUCGCAUUUGAAUUGAAGGAGGCUCUUCUGCUUGCUUCCCUAGCGAAAAACCCAACUGGGUUUUCGUUUUCUCGAACAAUAAGAGACAACACACACAAAUGUUCUUCCCAACAUGUUCGGAUCUUGGGUUGGAGUUGCUUGAUUGAAGAAGAGGACAAUGAUGAUAAUUGUCAGUACCAGAAAUUCAUAUUGUUUCUCCUCAUUGGGAAUAAGUCAGGUUAAGAAAACUAAGGUGGAGUUAUUGUGGGGCCCGAGGCUCUCAAAUUGCAGGUUUUUGUUCCUGCAAAAGGCAACAAGGGCUAUUUUCCUCACUGCAAAGGCAACAAAGACUCCCCAUGUCAAAUGCUCCCUCAAUCAUGGUGGAGAACUGGGAAAUAAUUCCAAAGCUCUUGAGAAGAAAAUAAUAAAGGUUGGAAAGGGAGAGCAUCACUUGUGGAAGAAAAAAGAUUCAGCUGGGUCUGGGCAGAAGGCACUUAGUCUUGUUAGAAUUGUUUCUGGACUUCCUAAUGAAAAAGAAGCUGUUUAUGGAGCAUUAGAUAAAUGGAUUGCUUGGGAGACAGAAUUCCCUUUGGUUGCAGCAGCUAAGGCUUUAAAAAUCUUAAGGACGAGGAGGCAAUGGAAGCAUGUAAUUCAAGUGGCCAAGUGGAUGUUGAGCAAAGGUCAAGGAGCAACAAUGGGAACGUAUGACACCCUUCUGCUAGCAUUUGACAUGGAUCAGAGAGUAGAUGAGGCUGAAUCGUUGUGGAACAUGAUUUUGCACAUACAUACACGCUCUAUCUCGAAGUGGUUGUUUUCUAGGAUGAUCUCUUUGUAUGAUCAUCAUAGCAUGCAAGAGAAGAUAAUAGAGGUUUUUGCAGAUAUGGAGGAGUUGGGUGUAAAACCAGAUCAAGACACCGUCAGGAGAGUGGCACGUGCCUUUCAGAAUCUAGGUCAAGAAGAGAAGCAGAAGCUGGUUCUUAAAAGAUACAAGUCUAAGUGGAAAUAUAUCCACUUCAAAGGCGAACGGGUGAGAGUGAGAAUGGAUGUGUCGGAUGAAGAUGAUGCUUGAACCAAUUAUAGGGAGAACUUACAGCAUUGAGGCACACGACGUCUGUUUUUCCCAGUUCGGCCUUGCUAACUAGAGAGUAUUUGUAUUUGGCUGGAAUGCAAUGCGCGAAAUUUUGAAGAUGGUUUUAGUUUGAUGAUAGAGUUAAAAAGUUAUUAUGUACAAAUCUCUUUAUGUUUAGAUGACUGCUCACAAUAGUCUUCUAUUUUCUUUCUUAGAGUUAUUAUAUUUGUUUCUUGUUCUUCUUCUUAGUUGGUUGUCUCUUAUGUAUAUUCUCUAUAUGCUAGGGUUGUGCCCCGCUGCAUUUUCUUUGAAUUACUUGUAAAAAUACUAGAGAAUAUUAUAAUUGAAAUUUUAUGGAUUUUGCAGCUA